GUCUGGAACACCUCCCGUUCAUGAUGAUGUCACACCUGAUCCCUGUCAGUAUGGCCCCUGCCUCCGUCUCCAUGGCAAUGAGUCAGAUGAACCACCUCAACACGUUAGCCAGCAUGGCCUCUGCUGCCCAGGUCCACCACUCUACCCUCUCCUCCCGCGGCCGCAUGGUCACCUCCGUUAUAAAGGAGCGUGUUCGGGACAGUCCGUCUCCCUCUCUGGAGGACGGGAGGAGGUCUGGGAGUCACCUGUCCUCUCGUCACAGCAGCAGCAUCUCCAGCUCCCCAGUACACACAGAACACUCUGCAGACAGGACCCGUGCACAACCAAUCAGAGAGCCAGUCAGAGAACCAAUCGGAGACGGCUAUGAGAGGCUGUCGUUCUCGGGGCAGAAGCUUCCUCCAGGGUUCCCCGGGCCCUUUAUUUUCCCUGAGGGGCUGUCGUCAAUAGAGACUCUGCUCACUAACAUCCAGGGCUUGCUGAAGGUUGCCAUAGACAACACGCGCGCUCAGGACAAGCAGGUGCAGACGGAGAAGUCAGAGCUGAAGAUGGAACUGUUCAGAGAGAGGGAGCUAAGAGAGACACUGGAGAGACAACUCACCAUGGAGCAGAAAAACAGAGUGCUGAUCCAGAAGCGCCUGAAGAAAGAGAAGAAGAGUAAGAGGAAACUUCAGGAGGCUCUGCAGUUUGAGUGUAAACUGAGAGACCAUGCUGAGCAGACUCUGCAGCAGACUGGAGCGUCAGACAGAGCCCUCUGUGACUCACUGACCCAGGAAGUAGACAACGGUAACCAAGGUAACGGCAGGACUGACGCAGAGGCAGCGAUACAAGAUGGAAGACUCUUCCUGAAAACCACAGUGAUGUAUUGAAGACAACAUGGAGAGAAGAGAAGAUCGAUUCGAGCACCAUUGAAGAGAUUCCAGGGACUUGCAUCAGCAGCAUCAUGGAUGUUUCAGUACUCCACACUGUCAUAAAAGACUGACAAUACACAACACAGAACAAAUAAUCAAAGAAUUGUGAUAACAGUGUUCCGUGCAAUACCAAUGUCUUUCACAGAAACACAAUCACAGCAAAGUGGAACUGAAGGAGAGAUUUUUCUACUUUAUUUAAACCAGCCUGAAUGCUCAGAGAAGGACAAAUCCACUUCCAAUUUUUGACUUGUAAUUCCUGUCUCAAGUUUUAUAAGAUUUCAAUGUUUUAAAGCAUAAUGUCACGAAGGUCGGUAAAAUUAGAGGUUAAUUUAUUACGUUAUUUCUGUACAUAAAUUGAUACAAUGUUUCAUUACAAUAUUUGUUUUUGCUGUUUAUUCUAGUGAUGAAAAAUGUCAGUUAGACCUUGGCCAUUGUUGUAUAUCAGAUGGAAGGGAAAGGACUCCUGACCCAUGGAAUGCCAUGUACAUAAAGGAAAGAGAUUGUAUUGUGUAUUGUAAUGCAGUAGAUCAGCUAGAUGAAAAAAGAAUACAAACAUUCUCAUCUGU